UUUUGUCGUGUUUUUCUGUGUGAUUCUAUCUAUCUCUAUAUAUUUUUAUCUUUUAUUUCCCAACUAAAUGGAUUUACCUGAACAUAUAACAACCAAUAAUUAGCCAUCGAAUUUCGAAAAUGAAUUUGAUGAAAACAAUGAAAUAGUUUCUAUUAGGUUCAACUUAAAACCCAUGGGAUAUCAACGAACAUGGUGAAAGAAUUUGGAAAUUUAACAAAUUCUAAGUGGAACAAUAGAAAAUCAUGUCCUUCAGGAAAAAGACUUGUUUGCUGAAACUGAAAGAAAAAGUUACAACUUAUGAAAAUAUCAAUAUAGAAGUUACUCGUGAAGAGAAUCCUUUCAUUGUUGCAGUGAUGACCCUUAUUAUGAAAAGAUCUCGCAGAUUAACAACAUAUCAAGAUAUCAAAUUUGAUGAUGCUACUGGUUCCUGUGUUCUGAAUCUUUACUUGCUGAAAAGUUGGAAUGGAAAGGAAUUGUGGUGUUUUAGUUUUCGAGAUGAAAUCAUCAGAGGCCACAUCACUAAUAUCUUCUCAGAAAUUACUAUAAGAUUAUUCAAGAAUGAAAUUCUAUCAUGAUUAAAAGCAUAUAAUGUUAUUAUAAUUAUAGACUUCUGUUUGUCCACACUGGAAAAUUAUUAUAGCAAAUAAUUACAGAAUUUGCUAAUUCGCAAAAUGCAGCACCAAGGCUUUUUCUUGGAAAAAAAUUAAGAAAAAACUUUGAAUGUAAUCAAUCCUAUCAAAUCAGAACAUAUUAAAAAGUGGAAUCUCAAGGAAUGCCUAAUUUUUCUUCUAUAUGGUAAUGAAAUAUACUCUGUUUAGGCUUUAAAUGUUUUAGAAGGUUAGAGAAGUUUUACAAACACCAGUUUGCUGUUUAUUAUUAUCACAAUGUUUGUAGUAAAAACGUUUCCUUAGUUGAAGCAAAAGAAAAACAUCGAAUAGCUUAAAUAGAACUUGGAGAAACAGCUCCAUGAAUUGAUUUUUACCAAAAGUUUUAAUUGGAUGCUUGUGAAAUUCCAAUGAUUAAUAGGGACAGUGAAUCUCCCUCCCUUCAUUUCUGAGUCACUUCAUGUUACAGUAGGCCAU